AUGAGUAUCAGCAACUCGAGCCUAGCAUGCCCGAUUACCAGCAGCAAUACCUCCGUUAUUGACCACUGGGGCGACUACCCCAGUCCGACGCGAGACCACAUGGCCUGCUACGCGCCGUACCUCGCCGGCCGUGAAGGCAAGGAGGUCUCCGACCGGCUGGCGGGAUGUUGCAACGGCACUGUCGCGGUCGUGUACGACGACUCGAUAUCCAUGAAGACGCCCGGCUGUUUUUACUACUGCAACGUCACCGCAAUGGGCCAGAAGCAGCUUGACACCGCCGAAGGCUUCAACUCCAUCGAGAAGUGCCUCUCGAUCCUGCCCGAUUACUACGGCAACAAGUCUGGCGUGCGCUGCUAUCCGCGGGAGAGCAAGCUGUCGAAUGCGGUUAGAUAUAUCUCGAUAGGCUUCGUGACCAAACUGCUGGGUAUUUCGGCGCUGACGCUGAGUGCCCUUGUUAACGGGGUUUGA